AUGGAAGAAAAGCCGCGUUAUUUAGCACUAAGAGUGUCAGGCAUUAGUCAACAUUAUCAGCGCCCUGAUCCCCUCGGGGAUUGUGAUAGCCAACUAUCUAAAGUCACUAGUCAUAGUGUCGAUAAGCCUCGCAGCGCCUUCAGAUUAAGCCACGGCAGCUCUUAUCCGCUCAGCUCGCCACGCCAAUCCCAGUGCGCACUACAGGGAUCUCCUCAAGCCCACCGUUGCCCCUCUUGGGUUCACCGUUCGGGGAUCCGCUGUGACUUCGCCACGGGUGGUGGUGGUCUCGAAGCCGAAAGUGCACGUCUCCCUCCGAGCGAGGAGUUUCGCUGCUCUUUCGCUCCUGCAACCCGGAGCCAGAAGGCUGCAGACCGCGUGGGUCCGGUCAAGACCCGAAGCCGCAGUGGCUGUAAAGAAUGCCGCGCCAGUCGAGUCCGCUGCGAUCUGAAGAAACCGAUCUGCACCAGGUGCCUUGAGAAGGGUCUAGUAUGCUCGACCCAACUCGUUCUCAAGUGGGAGUCCGAGUUCGUUAGCCGCGGCUUGGCUUUUGGUAGAGCCGGCGUUUGGAGUAAGGCUCGGGCUGCCGGCGGACUUCCUCCUCCUCCUGGAAAGUCUUCGGCUUCGUUCCUCCUUCGCGAUCAGGAAUGGUGUCCUAUUCCCCUUAUCGAGUCGUGGGGCUUCGUCAAUAGUGGGGUUUCGACUUUUGAACAGCCUUAUGAGGUUAAUGUUGCCUGUGAUGAGUUGAAUGCUCUUGUCGUCCGGGACAAGGGCAAGAACCCGGCGCUGGAUGACUUGCUAGAUGAGAAUCCAGAGUGGUCUUUAUCACCCUCAUCGUUGUCGUCUCCAUUCUCGAUACGUGAGACUUCCGACUACUGCUCGCCUGUCCCACUUGUCUCUCCGCACCUGACCCCGCCUUUAUCGAUGUUCCCCAGUCUCUCAGACUCCAAUCAGGGUCUCCUCUUUGAUUACUAUCUCCAGCAAGUUUGUCCCCGGACCACCGCUAGCUCGAAGCUAUCCUCCCCUUUUGCUUCCAUCAUCCUCCCCUUCUGCAUGUCCGCAUCUCCAAUCCUAUUCAAAGCCAUUCAGGCUCUUGGAGCAUGUCACUGGUCACGCUUCGACUCAACCUACAGUGUCAUCGGCCUCCGCCUCAAAUCAGAAGCCCUACGAGGCCUUCGCCACCGUCUUUCAACCGAAGGCUCCCUCCUCUGCUCCGCAGACCCCGAGGUCCUAGCGAUCAUGAUGAUGUUAUGUCUCUACGAAAUCGUCGACAACUGCGACCAACGCUGGACCAUCCACUUAAAAGGCGCCAAAGAAUUGAUCCGCAUCCGCCGGCAGCAACAACAACUAACUUCCUCCCGACCCCGUCAAUCUCUCGACCCCGUCUCAGCCUUCGCCGAGCUCUUCUUCGCCUUUCAAGACGUCAUGGGCCGCACCGCCUGCGGCGAAGAAGUCCUCUUCGGAUCCGACUACUGGCAAGAAAACAACCGCCACAUCGACCUCUGGAUGGGCUGCAGCCCCGAACUUGUCUCCAUCCUCUCCUCAAUUACAGAAAUGAGCCGCACCAGGCGCCAACUCACCUCCGAUGCUGCCCGCAAAGCGUUCUCCCACCGUGCCGCCUCCCUUGGCCGCAGACUCGAGAACCUUGUUCAAGAAACAACCGACGACGACAACGACACCGACGACGGAAGUCUUCGCUCCGCCGCCGAACUGAAACGUUUAGCAGCCGUGCUAUACCUUCACUGCGCACUAUAUGGCGCAUCUCCCUCCACACCACUGGUAAUUAACUAUGUCCGACGCAUCCUGCGUCUAGUCUCUGACCUGCUCGACUCCGGCUCCCUCGUCAGUAUGACCUGGCCUGUGUUCGUAGCGGCCGUUGAAUUGGACCCGCUUCACGACGAAGUCUGGCGUGAUGAUACCGGCGAGAGCGUGGUAUAUGGUCGGCCUCUGGUGUUGCGUGCGUUGGCGGCUAUGGCGGAAUCAAGUGUGUCGAAUGUGGCGAGGACGAGAGCCGUCAUUGUCAAGAUUUGGCAGGCCCGGGAUAGUGAUAUGCUCAAGGGGUCGCCGGUGGAUGCAGCGGAUGAUAGUAUUGCGGGAUGUAAUGAUUGGGAGUGGUAUGUUGCGCCGAUAAGCACGGCGAUGAGUUUGGCUUGA